AGGCAUGCCGUCUAUGAAGUAUGAAAACGGUAUUGAAACGAAAUAAAACCGACUGUGUGUUCAAGAAGAUUUCACAUCGUGUGAUAUUUGAAGUAUAAUAUCGAGACUUGAUUCAAAUCAGUCGAUGAAUCGAGCGUAUAUACUGUCAAUGGCACUAUGAUCGAUACCGUUCGAACACCCCACGAUAGUCCGGACGUGAAAUUUCGAUGAUCUUGAUGCGUGGUUAGCUUGGUGUCUCAUUAGUAACGAAGUGACACGACGGAGCGACACUUCUCCGGAGAAUAACUUUUCUAGCGAUUUGUCGAGGAAGUGAAGAGAGGGAUGCCACGUAGCAAGCGAAGAGGACCUUCCAGCACAAAUCACAAUCAUACUCCUAUUGAUAUGUCAGUAUCUGGUGCACAUGAAGAGAGUUUACCUAGGCAUCCUUCAAAACGGUUAAGACAUACCUCUAGUGCCAGACGAUAUACAAAAUCUGAUGAUGUAUCCAAUGCAUCAAUGUUCUCCCAAAAACGUUGUAUCACCUGGUUCAGAGAAUAUACCUCGCCAGAUGAUACAGACACUCUCGGACCCGAAGGAAUGGAAAAGUUUUGUGAAGAUAUUGGUGUAGAACCUGAAAAUGUAGUAAUGCUCGUUCUUGCAUAUAGAAUGAAUGCUCGCCAAAUGGGCUUCUUCACACUGAGUGAAUGGCUUAAAGGUUUCUCGGAGCUUCAGUGCGACUCGAUUAGUAAAAUACAACAGAAGCUCGAGUACCUAAGGAAUCAACUAAACGACCCACACACAUUUAAGGGAAUUUAUAGAUAUGCUUACGAUUUUGCUAGAGACAAAGAUCAACGUAGCAUGGAUAUGGACACAGCAAGAGUGAUGUUACAAUUGCUUUUGGGAAAACAUUGGCCACUGUUUACACAGUUUGCUCAGUUCCUAGAUCAAUCAAAGUACAAAGUGAUUAAUAAAGAUCAAUGGUGCAACAUAUUAGAAUUUUCACGUACCAUCAAUCAUGACUUAUCUAAUUAUGAUUUAGAUGGAGCGUGGCCAGUAAUGCUUGAUGAAUUUGUUGAAUGGUUAAAAAUUCAACGAGACGAAGGAUCAUCUUCAACAGAAGCUAGAGGCAGCUGAAACAUCAUAAGAAUAGUCCGUUGAACUAAAAACAAUUCGUUUCUUUUAUCAUAUAAUAUUCUGUAAUUAACGACAAAUUUCUGUUUAUAAAUACCAUAAUCUCGCAAUA